CGCGUGUGCGCGUGCCGCAAUCGCAUUGACUCGCAGGACGCAAACAAGGAUUUCUUUUUUUUGUGUGUGUGUGUCUUUUUUUUUCUUUCUUUUGUGCCGUUUGGCAAACACACCAACAAAUGGCCGGUGCGCAGGGGAGGAGGUGUUUCACCUCCCUCCUGCCAGUUCUGCAUGGUCAUGACCUGUCAUCACACCCCUCCCUCAGCCCGCCUCGUCCUAUUGGUGCUGCUCAGUGUCACUCCGCGGCUGGCCGGCGCCGCCCCCGCCUGGGCCGAAGGAGGGGAGGGAGGAGCGGAGGGGCGUAGCCGCACAGACGCCCAAGAGGACCGCCUUGUCCCCCUUCUCCCGCCCCAAGGCCUCGGCGGAAACGCGUCACGGGACCAGCAGCAACCGGAGCAAGGGACGGACCAAGGGACAGACCAAGGGACAGACCAAGGGACGGACCAAGGGACGGACCCGGCUCAGGUGCUCGCUGUCCUCCUGCGGGCUCUGGACCGGCCGGGAGAGGGACGGGAGUGGACGGGAGGCCCAGAGGAGGACGAUCUGAGCCGGAAGUCACCGCAGGGCGAUGAGAUAAUAAGGAGCAGUCAGUCGGAAGCGGAGCCAGAGACCCAUAAGGCUAUUGAAGAGCCGAUGCUCGGCCGUUUGACGGCUGCUCUGAGUGAGGACUUUGACGAGGACCAGAAUGGAGGCCUCCCAGGUGGCGCCGAUAGCGAGGAGAGAGAGGAAGAGGAAGAGAAGGAGGUGGAAAAUUUUCUAGAAGAGGCCAUACUUGACUCCUCCUCCCAGGGGGACGAUCCUUCCCUGCAGCGCAAAAUACGAGGUUACUUCCAGAACAUUGACUUGGGCCUCCAAGACAAUGAGAUCCUGCCUCCCCUGAAGGGCUACAAGGCGUACAACACCCAGCUGGCUCGGGCCGGCAAGAAGCUCCACUGGCAAGAGAACGGCGCCGCCAACAGGCCCGCCAAGGGCGACAACUUCAUGGACGACUUCGAGGACGAGGGCGGGGAGCUGGAGGAGGAGGUGGAAGAGGAGGAUGAGAGCCUCACCCGAAUGGAGGAGGAGGCCAGGGCGCGGGCCGAGAAGCAAGAGGUGCUCCAGCAGCAGGAGGAGGCGGAGCGGGCCCGGGAGGAGGAGCAGCGCCUGGCGGACAUUGCCUCGGACAUGUUGCUGCAGUACAUGGGCCGCAAGCAGCAGGCCUUCAUGAAGCCGCGGCAGAAGAGCAGCAACACGGCCGAGGACAAGCGAUCCGAGGAGGUCCUCCCGGACGAGGACGACCUGGACCAGCAGAUGAUCGACCGGCUGAUCGAGAUCAGCAGCAAGCUGCACCUGCCGGCCGACGACGUCAUCGAGAUCAUCAGCGACGUGGAGGAGAAGAAGAAGAAGAGGAAAGAACUGCAGCAGCAGCAGCAGCAGCCGCUCAUCUCUGGCAAACCCAUCAUCCCGCGCUUCAGGCCUCUCGUUCCACCUCCCUUGGCUGCGCCGCCCAUCUACCACUACACAGCCUCCAAAAACCCCAAGAAAGCCCCCUACAAGCACAACAAAUACAACAAGUCCAUGAAGAAGUGGCAGAAGGACAAAGUCAAGUCCUACAAGCAGAACUACUGGUACCAGCCUCCCAAGCAGAUCGACUACUGGUACAAACCCCAGAAACAGUUUCUUGCCUUUCCUUCCUACCCUUACUACCAGAAGCCAUACCGGGCGUACUACCCUGUUUAUUUCCCCUACCCCAAAGCGCAGUACUAUGGUAAGCCCCCUCCCGCCAGAGACCAGCCCUUCAGCCCUCAGGAGCUCGACCUCCAGGGCCCGAAGCGCAGGCACCGAGUUGGUGGGAAGAACCGGGGUCAGGGCUGGAGGCAGAGGCCGGCGCCUCACCUGCCCGUCUCCCCUUACAUCUCUAACUAUAUCCUCCCUCACCCACGGACCUACCAGCCCUUGCCGCCCCCGAAACCACUGGCCCCGCCCCGGAGAAGCCGGCGGCCCCCGUACUACUACCCUCACGCCACGCCGGCGAACGACUACGAGGAAGAUGGCCUGGUGCCUCAGCUGGACAGUGAGGAGGAGCUGGAGAACUUUAUUGAGAGAAUCUACAUGAAACGCAGAAUGUACUGAAGGAUGUUCUUCUUUUCGGGAGUUUGACCCCUUAAGAUGGGGGCGGACAGACGUGGGAGGGUCUCGCUAGUAAGUGGGAGGGGCUUAGUCGGCGAGUUUUGAAGGUCCAGACGCGAGAUUGCGGUCCGUUGAAGUCACUCUGUGUUUUUGAUUUUCGAUUAGGUUCAGUCAGGGGGGAGGUUGCCCCGCCAGCGUCAUGUUUACAUUUUGAAGCAGAACACACUGCGGCCAUUGUCCGCCUCCAUUCAGGUCAAACUACUACAAACACACACACACACGUUUACAACAUCUCUUUGUACGUCACAUUGCAAAUAUGAUUUGUGAGCACACACAUAUCAAAAAUGACAAUAAGCCUUUUGUUGUGCGGGAUGUGUGCAUGUGCCUUUCUGAUUUGGGAUGGGAUGACAAAGCACAGGAGUUAAAGGAGCAGGAAAAAAAAAAGAGGUGCCACAAUCAUACAUCUGCGGUUUUUUUUCCCCUGAAUUUUGCCUUAUGCACGAUUCUCAUCACCAAACCCUGCGGACCCCCAAAGCACAAACGUAAACAGUUACCACUUCCGACCUGGUGGGCCGAGGGUUGGCGGUUACAAUGGGAUGGCGAUGCGUCGUCUUGACACAUUUCUGCUGCAUCCCCAGAAAAAUAAAAUAAAAAAAACUUUUUUUGUGUUUGAGCAGUAUUUUGCCCAUACUGUAUUCUUGUUUUUGUUUUUUUUUAUUUAAAAAAAAAAAAAGAAGAUACUUGAAGUCUUAUUGUUCCUUUCUUGAAUACAUUGCAGAGUUUGCGGCCUGGGAGUCAGGGAUUGUGUUUAAAAACAAACAAACAAACAAACAAAAAACAUGUUACAUGCACGUCUUUCUACUUGCAUCUUAAAAAAUGAACAAAAAAAAACAACAAAAAAAACAAAAAAAUAAAAGUGUGGAGAAUCCAAGAUGGCUGUUUUCUCUGAUUAAACUGUAAACAUGAAGUAAAAAAUGAAAAAUGAGGCGACGCCAUCUGUCUUGUCACCAGGAGUGUUUGUCGUUGAUGUCACCUUUAGCAUUGUAAGAUGUACAGUGUGAAAUAAAUAUGCCCGUGCAAUGUGUAAAUAACAGCAUGAUGAUUACUAGUUUUGCUAUAUUACAAAAAUAAAAGCAAUUAUUUUAUUAAAGCUCCGUUUUUUUAAUGGCUUUCUGCAGUGUGCCAUGUUGUACAGGAGGGCCGCCCGUUCCAGACUGGAAGACAAUCACGAGCCGGUUAAUAUGAAUAUUAAUACACUUGACGAAAGGGCUGAUGGCUGAGUCGUUAGGAAAACAGCACGCAUUGGAACGGAGGACAAAAGAGACGAGAGAGUGGGGAAAAAAGCCGUAAAAAGGCAGACGUAGGGA